UUCUCCUUCCGAUCUAUCUGCUUAAUGCUUUAGUUUAUUUUUUUAAUAUUUUCAACUGCUUUACCAUUUCAUUACCCGCUUUAAGAAGGAAGAAGAAAAUGAAUUUUCUUGCAUUUUCUUAAGAAUCAAACACCACCGACUUAUUCGAGCUCGAGGAAGGGGGAAAUAAUCCUAAAUUUCGAGAGUUAAAAUUGUUGUUACAUAAUUUUCUUUUUGAUGGCUUUGUAAAAGAAAAGAAAAGGGGUAAAUGGCGAAGGGGUUCUUGCAUGUUUCUUGGGUUUUCUUUCUCGUUUUUUUUUUGUGAUUCUUUAAUUCUUUGGUGGGUUUCUUUGCUUUUUGCGUUUGGGUUUUGGAAUGACGUUAUCUACGGCUGUGGGUGGUGCUAAUGGGUCGUCAUCGCGAAACUGGCGUCAAUUGUUUUGAGUCGUGUGAGGAGCAGAAGCUUAAUUUCAUUCCUCCGGUGUUCAGUAAUGGCUUUCUUUUGGUUUCUCCCCUUGAAGAGGUUUUCUUGGCGAGAUCUCAGUUCGGAGGAGGCUAGGGAUUGGGUUCUUGAACACGGUCCUUGGCAUAUUCAGAAUAUACCUUUGGUGGUGCUGAAGUGGGAACCUGGGAUGACUUCUUUGGAAUUUAGUUUUGACAAAUUUCUUAUUUGGGUUCAAUUGUAUGGUAUUCCUUUGGAGUUGUAUACGCGGAGGGGGAUUAGUUACAUUGCCAGUGCUCUUGGUUUACCUUUAUACAUGGACCGUAUAACGGCUGAGAAAUCGAGGCUUGUUUAUGCAAAGGUUUGCAUUGAGAUUGAUGUUGCUCAUGAGGUGCCUAGUGUUGUUUCAGUUGUUCUGCAAGAUGGUUCGACUGUUGAUGUAACUGUGGAGAUUCCACGGAUGCCCCAUAAGUGUUCUUCUUGUUCUGUUUUUGGGCAUACAUCACAAAAGUGCCCAGGGAAAGGGACGGUGCAGGAGGGGUUCAAAAGAUGGAAGUUGUGAAUGUUGGGGUUGUUCAGGGGCUUGAUACGGCUUUGGCUAAAGCUAAGGCUCCAUAGGCUCUGGUUGAGGUUAAAAAAGAGAAGUUGUUGAAGCCUGUGGUUGAGGGAAAUAGUUCUGGUAAUAAGAAGCUUUUGAGGAAUUCUGAUAACAGAUUUGCUAUUCAUUGUGAUGUGGUGUCUGAAUUGGAGGAAUGAGAGAUUGCUGAGGUUAGGAAUGCUCCUAGUUCUCGAGAUCCUGUUGUGGAUGCUGGGUUAAGGGAAGGUCCAUUUGGUUUGAUUGAGGCGAGGCAGGAUGUUGUUCUUCCUACUACUGUUGCUAGAGCGGGCAGGGUUGGGGAGGCUUCCACUGUGGUCUCUUCUGUUCUUUCAAGGGGUGCUGGGUUGCAUAGGAAAGUUGGGGAUAUGAUGGUUUCUCCAAAAAAGCACAGAGUUGCUGCUGAUGGAGUGGCUGAAUUGGUAAAAGUCUUGAAAGCGGGUAAGCAAAAUAAGCUUGAUAAAAAGAAGGGUAGCAGGAGAGCUUAGGCUGUCUCUGAGAAUGUUUGAUUCUUCUUUUUAAUCGAAGAUUGUUGUAUGGAAUGUCAGAGGGUUAAAAUGUCCUAGGAGGCAGGAUUGUAUUGUUAGUAGAAUUGUUAGUCUGAAAGUUGAUAUUAUUUGUCUAGUAGAGACUAGAGUCAAGGCUCCUAAUAAAGACUUGAUUCUUAGGAAAUGGUUCAGGGGAUGAGAGAGUUGUGAUAACUAUGUUGAGGCUCAAAACGGUAGAAUUUGGAUUUUGUGGUAUUCUAAGGGGGUAUUGGAUACGAUUGCUACAGCUAAAGCAUUGCAUGUGGUGUUAAGGGUGGGUCUGCUGCUACUUACUUCACUGUAGUUUAUGGUCAUAAUGAUGGCGCUGGUAGAAGAGUUCUAUGGGACCAUUUGCAGGGAAUAAAAAAUUUGAUUGGGGAUGCACCUUGGUGUUUGGCUGGUGAUUUAAAUGUAGUUUUAUAGCCUCAAGAGAGUUCGGUUUUGAUGGAUAUUUCGAGGGACAUGAUUGAUUUUCAGGAGUGUGUUGAUGGGUUGCAGGUUUUUGAUCAUGCUAGUGUGGGUUCUUUUUUCACUUAGUCCUAUCAUCAAGUGGAAAGACCUUUGUGCAGGAAGCUUGAUGAGGGUGAUGAUUAGUGUCGGUUUGGCAUGUGAUGUAUCCGUCUUCUUUUGUGGAGUUCUUAGCUCCUGGAAUUUCUGAUCAUAGUUUGAUCUCAAUCGAGCUCUGUAAGCUAGGGGAUUCGGCUCCUAAGCUAUUUCGGUUUUAAUAUAUAUGUUUCAUUGAUAGUGAAAUUCAA